GCUCUCCGCCCCGCCAGCUGCUCUGGGGUAGAGUCCCGAGGGCUCGGUGCAGGGUGCGACCCAGCGUCUGCUCUCCCACAGGCACGGCAUGGCGGCCAGCACGGGCAGCGGCGGCGGCGGGACGGCGGCGGCGGCGGAGCCAGCGCACGCGGUGUCGCUGCUGCAGGGGCUGAGCGCGCUGCGAGCCGAGAGGAGCCUGCUGGACGUGACGGUGGUGGCGGGUGGACGGGAGUUCGGGGCGCACCGCGCCGUGCUGGCCGCCGCCUCCGGCUACUUCCGCGCCAUGUUCGGCGGGGCGCUGCGGGAGGCGCGGGCCGAGCGGGUGCGGCUGCACGGCGUGGAGCCCGAGUGCCUGGCACGGCUGCUCGACUUCGCCUACACCGGCCGCGUGGGGGGACUGGGCCCCGACAUCGCCGAGCGCCUGCUGCGUGCCGCCGACCUGCUGCAGUUCCCCGCCGUGAAGGAGGCCUGCGGCGCCUGGCUGGCUCGGCAGCUGGAGCCUGCCAACGCCUUGGACAUGCAGGACUUCGCCGAGGCCUUCGCCUGCCCGGCGCUGGCGGCCGCCGCCCACCGGUUCGUGCUGCGGCACGUGGGGGAGCUGGGCGCGCAGCUGGAGCGGCUGCCGCUGCCGCGCCUGCUCUCGUACCUGCGGGACGACGGGCUCUGCGUGCCCAAGGAGGAGGCCGCCUUCCAGCUGGCGCUGCGCUGGGUGCGCGCCGACCCCGCCACCCGCGCCCCGCUGCUGCCCCAGCUGCUGGCCCACGUCCGCCUGCCCUUCGUCCGCCGCUUCUACCUGCUGGCCCACGUGGAGAGCGAGCCGCUGGUGGCACGCUGCCCGCCCUGCCUGCGCCUCCUGCGCGAGGCCCGCGACUUCCAGGCCGCCCGCCUCGACCGCCACGACCGGGGGCCCUGCGCCCGCAUGCGGCCUCGGCCCUCCACCGGCCUGGCCGAGAUCCUCGUCCUGGUGGGCGGCUGCGACCGCGACUGCGACGAGCUGGUCACUGUCGACUGCUACAACCCCCGCACCGGCCACUGGCGCUACCUGGCCGAGUUCCCCGAGCACCUCGGCGGCGGCUACAGCGUCGCGGCGCUGGGCAACGACAUCUACGUCACCGGGGGCUCGGACGGGUCGAGGCUCUACGACUGCGUCUGGAGGUACAACUCCAGCGUGAACGAGUGGACGGAGGUGUCGCCCAUGCUGAAAGCCAGGGAGUACCACAGCUCCACCGUGCUGGAUGGGCUGCUCUACGUCAUCGCCUCCGACAGCACCGAGCGCUACGACCACACGCUGGAUAGCUGGGAGGCUCUGCAGCCCAUGCUCUACCCCAUGGACAACUGCUCCACCACCUCCUGCCGCGGCAAGCUCUUCGCCAUCGGCUCCCUGGCUGGCAAGGAGUCCAUGGUCAUGCAGUGCUACGACCCCGACAGCGACCUCUGGUCCCUGGUGAACUGCGGCCACCUGCCUCCCUGGUCCUUCGCCCCCAAGACUGUCACGCUCAACGGCCUCAUGUACUUCAUAAGGGACGACUCCUCUGAAGUGGAUGUUUACAAUCCAGCCAAGAACGAAUGGGACAAGAUCCCAGCCAUGCUUCAGGUGCACGUCGGGGGCAGCGUGGCCGUGCUGGGCGGGAAGCUCUACGUGUCCGGGGGCUACGACAACACCUUUGAGCUCUCGGACGUGCUGGAGGCCUACGACCCCGAGACGAGGGCCUGGAGCGUGGUGGGCAGGCUCCCCGAGCCCAUCUUCUGGCACGGCAGCGUCAGCAUAUUCCGGCAGUUCAUGCCGGAAACCGCGCCGGAGGACGACAGCAUCACGCUGGACAGCAUCAGUCUGAGCAGGCAGCAGCAGGAGCUGCAGGACCAGGACCUCUCCGAGCUGCGUUAGCGGCGGCAGGCCCUGGCCCGGCGUGAGGUCGCUGCCCAGAGCCAGCUUCGGGAGGGCAGAGGCCAGCCAGGGCUGGGAACCCUUCUGGUCACAGAGUGCAAACUCCCAACCUUUGUGGUGCUGCUACGGAGCUGCAGCCAGCGAGGCCUCUGCUGCUGGGGAGACCCCUGAGGAGGGGUCUGAGGGAAACCAUGGCCUCGACCGUCCCCACAGCCCUUUCCCUGGGGCUCCUCCACCCUGCAACGCUUCGCUUGCCACUGAACUCGCUGCUUGUUUGGAAGGGGUCUGCCUGCUGGGGUGAUGGCCUGGACCCCACCUCUCUCCUGUGCCUUGGAGGAAGCCAGACCUCCUGUGCAUGGCUGGAGGGGGAAAGGCCUCUGUCAGGGUGGGAGGUUGGGGUGGAACGUGGCCCUCUGUGCCUGUUCCUGCCUUUGGAAGGAGCAGGCUUCCUGCAGCAGGAGUCUCGCUGAGGCUGGAUUCUGCAGCUUCACCUUUGCCUUUGAACCUCAGCUCUUCCUCUCUUCUGGUGAGGUUUUAAUCUGCAGCAUUUAAACUUCUGAAGGUAUUUGCUUUCCAGCCCUUCCUAGCAGAGGACUUCUCAUCUGAAGGAGAAACCCUGCAUUAUCUUUUCAUCAUGUCCUCACAGCCUGAUUGUUUUCAGUGCUGACCUCCCUGGCUGUUGCCUCCUUGGAGGGGAAGGGAGGAGCAAGUCCCACUCUGAGUUGGCUCAAGGAGCUGCUCCCGGGGCGGGCAGCUGCAGGUGGCACUGGCAGGGCACAAGCGGCCAGGAGAAGCUGCUGCCUGGGGCUGGGGCUGUUUGCUGUUGACUUUUCUGUGCCGUGCUGCUGGGCUGAGCCCCACGAGGCUCUGAAGGAGCUAAGUCAGUGAUGGUAAAGCUUCCAGGGGAAGGGGAGCACAGCUGCCUCGGGAGGUUCCCUGCAGGCCAGUGGGGUGGUGCUGUGAGCUGGUACCUCGGUGUGGAACCUGCUGUGCCCUGGGGAGGCCUUACAGCCCACCUCACCUGCAGUGUGCAGCAGCCCUGGGGGCUUGGCUGCCUGUAAAUGCUGCUGUUUUGGUGAAGAUGUAGGAGUUCAGCCAGAGUGUCACAGACUGAAAGUAGCUGUUUUAGAGGUUUUCUCCUCCUUUUGUUUGAAGUUUGCUGGGUUUUGGUUGGUGUAAGAUUUGCCUUUGUAUUCGCCCAAGUGACCUCGCAUGCUGGGCUGCCUUUGCCCUGCCUGCUUCGGCCAAGGAGAGGCUGCAGCCUGCCCCGGGAACGCUUCCUGAGCAGCUGCAGCAGGGGCUGGGCUCGCCCGA